GAUGGACUUUAAAAAUAAGAAAAAAAAAUUUUCCUUGAUAUUGUUAGAAUCAUUUUCCAGCUUCUGGUUCUUCUUCGUCAUCAAAAAAUAAGAUAUCCACCGUUCCACCGAACAUUCUCUCCCGCCCUCUUCAUUCAGGAGAUCAAAAAAAUAAGAUAUCCACCGCCGCCUAUGGAUUGAGCUGAUGUUUCUACUGGCUCUUCGUAAUUUCUCUCAAUUAUUUCGUAAGAGUUUAUUAUACCCUUAUCUGCUGUUUAUUAAACUAUUUCUUAUCUACCUUCAAAAAAUAUGAAUUUUGUAACUUUUACGAUUGCGUUCUAGAUAAUUUAUGUUGAAGAUAGAAAUAGUUUACAGAAAAUGUUUCAUUUCUUUACUCACAGAAAUUUUUCUUUCCAACAAAAUUUACACCGAAGUUUUAAAAAUAUAGCCGACAUUUUAUAUGGGGGGAAGUAUGACAAACUAUGGGGAAAAGUGCCCUUCUUUAGCGACGCUCCUGGUAUUAAAUGAAACGCAAACAUCUGAAGAGAAGGCUUGUUUUCUAUCAAGUAUUUAACAGAAUAAAGGUGCAAAGAAGCCUUUCCACAUUUAAAAAUUCAUCGAAUUGCAGUGACCUCAAAGAUUAUGGUUCAAAAUGAAGCUUUGUGUCUUCGUUGGAAGAAUCUAUCUUGCUCAGUGCCAAAAACAAGCAUCCAACGCAGUCUGAAGUAUAUCAGCAGGUGGAUCCACUCGAUAUAGCAUUGUGUGAACUGGUGCACAAUUGAUAUUGGUUAUUAUCAUUAAUGCACAGAUGUUCAGACUUAGUUAAGCGAGUUUUUUCGAUAGAAAAACGCUGUUUUCUAAGUUUUUAGACAUAAAUUUCAAAAUUUUUGGACGGCCAGAGAGGGGCAAAUAAUUAUAGUUGGGCGGGCAGUGCUCCCCUUGGCUAGGCGGUAAUUUUCCAUCCACUUCAGGACUCUUGAUAAAAUAUAAACAUCUUUCUUCUGAACGCAACAAUUUAGGUCAAAUAAACAAAAAUAAGAUCAUGUAGUUACUUGUUUGCACGUUACUGAUAAAAUGAGUGGAAAUGAUGGCCUUUCAGGGGCCUCGGAAAUAAGAUAAAGACUUUAUAAGUCUACCUAAAACCACUAGUGAUGUUAAAGGAAGAAUAUGAAUUGAGGACAGCAUAGAAAAUGUUGCUGGUUCUUGAUGUUUUUAAAUAUUUGAAGGUACUAGUAAUUUUUGAAUAAAAAAUAAUGGUUUUUUCUCAUAGUUAAAUGAGGUGAACAAAUACGAGCCUAGAGCUAUUGACCUUAUGCUAAAAAGCUGAGCAUAUAUAAUUUUAAGUCAAUUUUCCUUACUAUUCGCCAAUUAUUUAGUAUCUGCUUAAUAAUCUUCUUAUGUGAUUAUCAGCAGUCCAUUCUUCUUCUCUUUUAGUCGGCAGUAAGUAUUAUAUAUUAGUUUCUGAUCACUCAAAUGGUCGAAUAGGAAUGAGCCAAAAAACUUGAGUGACAAAUGAUUGUAGAACACAAAUCAUGUUUGUUAAAGUAACGUUUUAAUCUCUUAAUUCGCCUUAGAAGUAAAAUGGAUGGGAUUAUUUCAGAUAAUUUUCUGAUGAGUCCCCAAGAGUGCUAAAUUAUUUGACGUAGUUCGUUAGGGAAAGCUUGUCACUUUUUAUACAUUGCGUUAUUUGCAUUAAACUGAGACAUUUUCGAAAGUGCAAUUGCAAUUGAUCAUGUUGCUUUCGUUAGAGUAAAAAUAUGGAAUAGGUGAGAUGGGACAUUAUUUAUGUGGGACGAUAAACCCCCCCCCCCUGUAGUACACAGAAAGUUUACCAACCACCUACACCCGACCCAAGCCUGUGGCACAGAACCGAGGUUAGAAUCUUGUUGAUUUUUCACAACGAGAUUGCAAAAAGGAAUGUUAUAAGAUGGCGGGAUUUUUAAAAGCUGUUGACCAAUUUCACCAAAAACUGUCUGAGUUGACGUCGGAACAAAAAAGACGAGGAUAUGAAAAUUCAUCUGUUACUUGGUCAUACGUGGCUUCAAAGAUCGUCCAGGUUUUAGGAAAGUACCCAACUGGCCUCACAGAUGCAGUAAUAUUAUCUGAGUUAGUAACUGGCCUAAACGACCAGAACAGGCUUACGACCAAAAGUUUAUCCGAGACAGAGCUUGGUUGCACACUCACAGUAAGUGAAAUACUCGAAUCAAGACAGGCAAACAUUUCAGCAUGCAUUGAAUGCUACAUAAGACCAGUUUCAGAGGAUAACGACAUAAAAACGACAAGAAUAGUGAGGCUAAUAGACAGGAAACUUGUUGAUCAAGGAUAUGUCGAGGAAGCUUGCCUUCCUGCAGUUGAAAUGUACUUGCAUCAAAAAAUUUGCUGCAUGGAAGAGAAAUUUGUCAAUUACCCUCUUAGGAUGACAAACCUUAGAGUUCAUAAUCUGCAAAGUAAGCAGCUUGGAAGUUUGUGGGACUUCAGGCUUCUACCAACAGAAUAUGUAAUUCCAGUACUAAAUCCUGUGAGUGACAAGAGAUUUAUAUCUGAAAGGUUUCUCUCACUAGAUGGGAUUUGGGACGAAGAUACUUUCCCUCACUACAGCAGGAAUUUGUUUGUCACUAUAAAUGAAAUUGGACGCCAAGAAACAAUCCACAAUCCAUAUGGCGACAGCACAAGGAAAGUGGAUAUCAGUGUUAUGGAUUCCAAGUCAAACAGAAUCAAGCUUGUACUUUGGGAUGAAGCUGUUGCUUUUAGAAACAUUUUUGGUGUUGGCGAUUUAUUGUGCAUUGAGGAGCCUUUUCUUGUGAAUGAUGGGAAUGAUGCCCAUUUAGAAUAUGGGCCUGCAACAAUCUUUUAUUUGAUUCCUGCUAACAUAUCUACAGAGAUCAUAUCCAGCCAAGCAACUCAAAAUGAUUCAUCAUUAGUUAAAAGAAGCUCAGAUGGAAGACUGGAUUUUCAAUCCUACCCUAAUCGCUUUGUUUCAGUUGACUUGAAAAGAAAUUCCCUCCAUGUGACAUUUGUAGGAACAAUAAAGACAUUAUCACCAAAAGUUGUCUUUGAGCAUCAAAUUGUUAAAGGGUAUAAGUUUGACAUUGAAAUAUUUGAUGAAUUUGGAGUUUUGAAAGUUGCAAUUUUUGAUGAUUCCUGUCAGCACCACAAAACCUUGUAUCCAGGACAGGUUUUGUUACUUGAAAACUUACAGACAGAUGAUUAUAAAUGCUGUACACUGAAAACAUUUGAGGGCGGGAAAUUGUCAAACAUCAGCUCUUUGAAAGGCUAUGUUGCUUCUCCUUGUAUGUAUGACUUAGUUGAGGUGAUCAAGCCACAGGAUCAUGGUUUUGUGAUGCUGGGCAAAAUCAGUGAGUUAAAGACAGCCACUGGAAGAUAUGUAAGACAAGUGCAUUUCACAUGCCUGGCUAGUUUAUGUGAAAAUGGGGGAGAAGGCUUGUGGUGUCCUAGAUGUCAGUGCACUGCUUCCGAAAUAGUAGUUUUGUGUGGAAAGUCUGAAACUGACGAUAUAUCAAAGAAAUGGAUUUGGCAAUACAAUGUGACAAUUUUUGUAGAAAAGUCAAGCCCACAUCAGCUGCUUAAACUCCAGGUUUCAGAGUGUGCUUGCAAAGAGUUAUUUCACAUGUCUUCAGAAGAGUUUGCAAGUAAAGAAGAACAAUUUCAGAAGUCAAUUGUUGAUGAAAUGCUUGGUAAAACAUGCAUUAUAACAGUCUCUAAAAAUGAUGAGCAUGUAUUACAAGCAGAUUCAGUUGAAAUAGCUACUGAAAGUUUUCUGGAGAACUUCAAUAAAUAGUUUGUUGAAACAGUAGUAACAUGUUUGAAAAUAAUGCAGAGAAAAAGUCAGACCUUGCAAAAACAUACAUAGGCCAGUGGUGGACACCUGGGGGCAAGGAGGGGGCAGCCUCCCCCAAAACUUUGGAGGACAAUGGUCUUUUGUUCUAAAACAAUAGGCAAAUUUGACAUCAUCUCAUUAAAACAAUAGGCUUGUCCCCAAUAUUUUACCAAGUGUCCGCCACUGAAAUAGUCAUAUUUUACACAAUAUCAUUUUUUGUGAAGCUUUUACACGUGUGUAGUAAAACAGAUGAGCCUCUGGGGGCAUGUUUAAUGACAAAGUUUUUACAAAGGAAGGGUGCAUACUAGGUUUUGGUGGAUGAUGGGACUGGCUUUUUUGAUAAGUGGUAUUUAAGAUGCACGGUGUUUGUGCAAGAUUUGGGAUAGUCAUAGGGAAGCGUGGAUAAGAGUAUAAAAGUUUAUAUGGAAUAUCUAUGUAUGCUAAAUUGUGUAUCCGCCAUAGAGAACAAGAAAAUUUUUUUAAGUCAAAGGCUUAUUGGUCAGAAAGAUGUGGGUCAUGGGAAAUGUAACCCCAAUUUUUAAAGGCCCUGGGUGAGUUUGGCAUUUUGGUUUCUACUUUACAUCUUUUAGUAUAUCUGGCACAGAAUAACCAGAUAUGAAGUUUGACACAUCUCAACCCAUUCAUACGGGGGGAAGAAGACUAGCGUUUCAUGUUGCUCUCAAAUUAGUGCAGCCUUCAAAACCAUAUAAUCAGGCAGUGUAGUACAUUGUAUUAAUGCUAUUUAACUCCCCGGUUUCACCUUCCCAGGCAGUGGCAGUUAUUAGGGGGCGAGGGGGAAAAAUCUUGACGACUUUUGAUCUUUUGCUUGAGAUCUUUUCUAGUCAAAUUAGUGCCAGUCAUUUCGUAAAGAACACCCAGAAAUGCCAGAACAGCCAGAAUAGCAAGAACAGUAAGAAGAAAGGUUGAUUUCCUAACCAUAUAAAGCUAUUAAAUACUAUGCAGAUAUACGCACUUUCUUCUUUUUCUUCUUCUUGUACCGUAGCAUAUCAUGGCAUAAGAUUUCAUGAGUUGUUCUUCAGUUUCUGUCAAAUAAUUUUUAUCUUUUCCUGUCUCUUGCAGUGUUGCCAAUCUCAACAUUGUUCCACACCUUCAGCCCAGUGGCGUAGCGUCUAUGUAUGCUACGCUUGCGGCGCAAGCGUAAAAAUUUAUAGACAAAUUCUAAAAUUCUUGCAACACUUUCAAUGCAUAACAAUUUCCGCAAUAAACGGCUUCUCUUUCUUGUCAUGAGCAGCAUGCAGUGAACUCUAGCGCCAACAGGCCAAUUGGCCCCAAAUUGGCUAUUUUUAUAAGUAAACAGAUCGCUAAAAAUUAUGAAAUUCGAAAAAUCUGAAAAACUGAAGCCCCUCCACAUCACUCUUUUUGCCUGUCCAAAAUAAGAGAAACAUGUGAUGCUCCAGUGCAGCUUCAGUGCAACUCGAGAGAAGCUUCUGAGAGAAGUGAGAAUUUUCCGGACUGGAGCUUGCGGUCGGCCUGAGCGCAAGCCUUCCCAAAUAUUUGAUAAUCCACAACAUGUUUCUACCUAUAAGCUGCUUUUUGCGAAUACUCUUUGCGUGAUAGAUCAUUUCAAAUCCAAUUAUUUUCCUUUCUUUACUUUGUGACUGUUGAAAAGAGAAAAAGUUUCGUCAAAGUGGGGUCAGAGUCUAUUUGUCAUGAUCCGCAUUCCGUAAUUCAAGUCAAAAGGCUUGCCAGUAUAGUCAGAAUUUACGGACCAGGGCAUGCGGUAGACCUGAGCGCAAGCCUUGCCAAAUACAUGAUGAUUUGCCGGGACUAACUUUCUGAAACUUUACACAUGGAAGCAUCUUCAAUUCUAACAACUCUCACAGCUCACUAUUUUCAUCUUAGUUAACUAUGAGAGUAAAAAAUGAGCAGAAACUGUUGCUCCUGUUCGCUUAGGCUCUGCAGUGUGUUAACAAUUUCGCAAUGUGGAGAGCUCCUUCUUGCGGGAAUCCCCAGCUUCAUAAUAGCAUAAAAAAUUCUUACAUUAGGUGGGCAUUAGGUGAUGCCUUUUCUUGAGGAAUAUGAAUAAGAAUAAAAUAUUUUGCAAAGCAGUUUUAGCACUAGGAGUUAUUCUGAAAAGUCUUGCUAAACAACUGAGCUUUUUUCAAAAACUUUCGCAUGGGUGAUAAUUUUUCCCUUGGCCCCUCUUCACUUGCCAACCUCUGUCGGAGCCUCUGAUGCUAAGAAUAGACACCUU